AUGAAAGAUUGGCCCCAGCCAGCCUCCGACUCCAACUCCAACUCCAACUCCGACUAUGACUUUGACUCCGGGUCCAACUGCGACUUCCAGUUGGAACUACUGCGACUCCAAUUGCGUAUGCGACCCGUUGCCUGCCCGGCUGCAACUCUUUCAUUCCUGAUAUGCGCACAUGCCCCAACGGAGGAAAAGGACGAUGCCACCAAGGACGCUUUCUAUGCGGAGCUCGACCGAGCUUAUGGCCGCUGUCCUUCCCAUGACAUUAAAAUUCUCCUCGGGGAUUUUAAUGCCAAGGUAGGACGAGAAGACAUCUUUGGUGCCACCGUCGGGCGAUUUAGUCUACAUGAGACCACCUCGAGCAAUGGUCUCAGAUUAAUAGGCUUUGCAGCUGCGCAUAAUAUGGUAGUUCGUAGUACCGGAUUCCGUCAUUUGGACAUCCAUAAGGCAUCUUGGCUCUCUCCCGAUCGACUGACCAGAAAUCAGAUCGAUCAUGUUGUGAUCGAUGCAAGGCACGCAUCUAACAUACUCGACGUACGAUCCUGUCGGGGUCCCAACAUCGACUCCGACCAUUAUCUUGUUGCAGCUAAGAUUCGCACACGGCUAUGUGUGGCGAAGAUUGCACGUCGAAGUGCGUUAAGAAGGCUGGACAUCGGAAAGCUGCAAUCACAACAGGCGAAGAAUGCAUUCUCCACUCACGUCUCGGGGCUAUUAAGCCGAGCACCUUCAAUACCUCAAGACAUAAGCGAUAUGUGGGCGCUCAUAUCUCACUCCCUGCGAGCUUCGGCAGAAGAGGUGCUUGGAUUCCAGCGUCCUAUAACAAGGAAUCCAUGGUACGAUCAGGAGUGUCGUGACGCAACAGCUGCAAAGGACGCCGCCUACAGAAGAACACUGCAGGCUGGGGCGACACGAGCUAUUGUGGACGUCUACAGGUUGAGAAGAAGAUACGAAAAACGCCUUUUCAGACGCAAGAAGAAAGAGCAGGAAAGCGCGAGAAGGGUCAAGCGUCUGACCCAAGGAUUUAAGUCUGGUGCAGUGGCGUGCAGGGACGAUGAUGGAAACCUUGUCACAGAAGCAGAGGUCGUGCUGAGGUUAUGGAGGGAUCAUUUUUCGAGUCUGUUAUCUGGCUCAAGCACAGACUCUGAAGAUUAUGAUCCACGAACCCCAAUCUAUGGCACUGAUAUUGAAGUGCCAAUCCCAAGUCAUAUCGAAGUCAAGGAUGCAAUCCAACGGCUUAAGAACAACAAGUCUGCAGGUGCUGACGGCCUGCCGGCAGAACUGUUUAAGGCAGCUGGUGAUAUGUUGGUAGGGAGCAUGCACCAACUAAUCAGCAAGAUAUGGCUCACGGAGAGCAUGCCCGAAGAUUGGAAUCUCAGCAUGAUCUGUCCCAUCCUGAAGAAGGGUGAUGCCACGGUGCGCACCAACUACCGCGGAAUUAGUCUUCUUCCAGUUGCUGUGGGUUCAGGCCUGGCAAGUCCACUGUUGACCAGAUUUUCACCUUGCGCCAAAUCCUGGGAGAAGUCUUACGAAAACCAGAUCGACACGUACCAUCUCUUCGUCGACUACAAAGCUGCAUUUGAUAGCCCCCGGCGAGAUCGCCUAUAUGCCGCCAUGUCUGAGCUUGGUAUACCAGCAAAGCUGACUAGACUUUGCAGAAUGACAUUGAGCAACACCAUCAGCUCUGUCAAGGUAGGAUGUGGCCAAUCCGAAACCUUUACUACCAAGUGUGGCCUCAGACAAGGUGACUCGCUGUCUUGUAUACUCUUCAAUAUUUUAAUGGAGAGUAUUAUAAGAAAGGCUGGUGUACAUCGGACGGGCACGAUAUUAACCAACAGAUGUGUCCAGCUCCUUGGUUACGCUGAUGAUAUUGAUAUCAUUGGCCGCACCAAGCGUGAUGUCACAGGAGCCUUCGGGGCUAUUGAAAAGGAAUCAGCAAAAGUAGGACUAGCAGUUAACAUGGAAAAAACAAAGUUUAUGGUGUGCUCUAGCAGAGAAUCGCGGCGUCUUGAUUCUCAGCUGACUGCAGAAAACUAUAGCUUUGGGUCCGUCAAGGAGUUUAUUUACCUAGGCACUGCUAUAACAAGCACAAAUGAUGUCAGUCUGGAGAUUAAGCGGAGAAUAACACUUGCCAACAGGUGUUACUUUGGGCUCAGUAGGCAGUUUAAUAGUAGAGCUCUCUCUCGACGCACAAAAACCACACUCUACAAGACGCUCAUUCUUCCAGUACUCUUAUAUGGUGCGGAGUGCUGGACUGUGACGCAGUCAGAUGCAGCUGCUCUUGGAGUGUUCGAGAGGAAAAUUCUUCGCAAAAUCUUUGGUCCAAUCUGCGUGGACGAUGUUUAUCGCAUCCGAUACAACCACGAGCUGUAUGAGCUAUACGGCGAUGUUGACGUGGCCAGUCGAGUGAAAUCUCAAAGACUUCGCUGGCUGGGCCACGUUGCCCGUAUGGAUGAAGAUGCUCCGGCUCGUAAGGUGUUUGAUGCGAUGAUUGUUGGGACACGAAGGAGAGGACGACCCCGAACGCGUUGGCAGGACCAGGUGAUGGAUACCCUGUCCACACUUGGUGUUACCAACUGGCGAAGGCGCGCUCAGGACAGAGCCGCGUGGAGGCACAUCGCGCUUCAGGCUGAGACCCGAUAA